AUGAAGGCUUCCAGUAAUUUUAUCCGCGCCGCGAUGACGGCGGCGGGUCUUGCGCAUCUUGUCAACCUGGUACCGUAUGCAAGAGGACAGAAGCAGACGGACUCGGGCUUUGAGUGGAAUUCUCUGACACCCAGCGUGAAUCUCAACUGGGUCAACUGCUACUCCGAUGCGACUCAGUGCACUCGCUUUAGCGUGCCGUUGAACUACUCCGACCCAAGCGCAGGCACUGCCGCCAUCGCCCUUAUCCGCAUCCCCUCUCCCUUGGGCCUUUCUGGCUCGCCUGCGUACCGCGGGCCCGUGCUAUUCAACCCGGGAGGACCAGGCGGGAGUGGUGUAUACUAUACGCUCCUUCUUGGAAAGACUAUUGCGUCUGUUAUCGGUCCCGAAUUCGAUCUUGUCAGCUUCGAUCCUCGAGGCGUCCAUAAUUCCACCCCACAGAUCUCUUUCUUUACAUCCGAAGCCGAACGUGCCGCCUUUGACCUCAGCGCCACUGCGCUUAACAUGGAACCCGACUCUUUCGACGGAGUCCCAGAGCGCUGGGCCCGGAUGCAAGUCCUAGGCCGCCUUGCGAAGGAUAGAGAUAUCGGAAUUUUCAAUCAUGUCACGACGGACAACGUAGCUCGGGAUAUGCUCAGCAUUGUACAGGCCCAUGGCCAGGAGAAGCUUCUGUACUGGGGUAUUUCGUAUGGAUCGGUUAUAGGAUCGACAUUCGCUUCUAUGUUCCCGGAUAAAAUCGAGCGCUUGCUCAUUGAUGGCAUCCUCGAUGUAGAAGGCUACUACAACAUGGAUUACGCCAACGGCGUCUUAGACGCCGACAAAGUCCUCCAGACCUUCUUCGACGGCUGUGCCGCAGCUGGUCCUGACCGUUGCGCCUUCCACUCGCCCACACCUUCCGGAAUCAAAGACCGUCUCGCCUCCCUCUCCGCCUCCCUCCUCCUCCAACCCAUGCCCGCAUACUCUCCCUCGCUGCCCGCAUAUGGCGUGCUCAACCACGUAACCCUACUGCGGGCGGUGUACAACGCUCUCUCCACACCAUACUCGACGUUCUCUGUCCUCGCGCAAGGGCUGAAAGCGCUAGAGGAGGGCGACGCGGGCUUGGUGUUCCAACUCGCGCAGCCUGUGGUGAAUGAAGCGUUUGCGGUGAUUGCGUGUGCGGAUGCGGCUGCUGUUGAGGAUGGUCCAGAGCAGAUUAAGGCGUACGCAGAGAGGAUCAGCGGGUUGUCGAGUUUUGCGAGUUUCCCGGCGUCGUAUCGGUUGGCGUGCAGGUAG